GGCGUGCAGUGAAACCCCCCAUCCAUGGUAAAAGCAACCCCCCUGUUCCUUGCAGCCGCCGCUCUCACCGCUUCCCGCGCCUUCGCGCAGGUGGCGGUCCGGCGGGGCGACGAGGCGCCCUUCGUGCACGUCCCGCUCGCGACGGAGACGGACUACGCGUCGGGCCGGGUGCACAAGCAGCUCAUGGACGGCAUGACGCAGUACGUGUCGACGAUCCGCCAGGACGGCGUGCGCGGCGCGGGGAUCUUCGACCCGCUGCUCGGCAUCGACGCGAUCAAGGAGUACACGCCCUGCGUUGGCGGGUACGCCGGGACGCAGGAGAACAACACGUACGCGUGCCGCAACCUCGAUCUGUACUCGUUCACGCCGCACGGCGACCUGGGCAGCGACGCGAAGGUCGGGAACGAUAUCUGGGGCUGGGCGCACACCGAUGUGCAGGGUGCGACGACGCGCGAGUUUGGGCUGGUGGGGCAGAUGGAUGGCACGGCGUUCGUUGAGGUCUUGUCGGACGGGCAGAUCGCGUACCUGGGUCGCCUGGCGACGCAGACCGUGAACGAUAUUUGGCGGGAUAUCAAAGUCAUUGGACACUAUGCUUAUAUCGGAAGCGAGGCCCUCGGACACGGCAUCCAAGUAUUCGACUUGCACAAGCUCUUGGACAAGUCUUUGCUCGCUUCUCCCAAGGUCUUCAGCAUCAAAACAGACCUGACUGCGCACUAUGAUGGGCUCCCGCUGGGCUCAUCGCACAACGUCGUUUCUCACGAAGACAAGAAUCUCAUCGUCGCCGUUGGCGCCAUGCCCCGCACGGACGCCUGCGGUGCAGGACUGAUCUUCAUCGACGUAUCGGAUCCCUCCAAGCCGACGACGGUAGGCUGCGCCGGGGACGAUGGCUACGUGCAUGACGCGCAGUGCUUGACUUACAUCGGCCCUGAUGCCCGGUACAAUGGGUCGGAUGUAUGCUAUUCAUUCAACGAAAACACGUUCACCAUCUACGAUAUCACGAACCCUGCCGACCCAGUGAUCAUCUCCGCGACGUAUUACUACGGAGUUGCGUACUCGCACCAGGGCUGGGUCGUCGAUGAAAAGGACCAGACCCACCUGCUGCUCAAUGACGAGCUCGACGAGGUCUACCAGCGCGGCUGGGCCGUCGACCAGCGCACCACGACAUACAUCUGGGAGAUCAUCGAUCUCGAGCGCCCUGUUCUGACCGGGCACUACAAGUCUCCUGCAGUCGCUAUCGACCACAACCUGUACGUCGUCAACGGGCUGGUCUACGAGAGCAACUACAACAGCGGCUUGCGCAUCGUCGAUGUGUCGAGCGUCAAGCAGGACCCGACCGGCGCUGGCUUCUCCGAGGCUGCGUUCUUCGACG